CAAUUUGAGCCAUGAAGUCCAUUAUCAUCUCCGCCGCCAUUCUGUCGUCUGUUGCUGCCAACAGCCGCGGAUUCGACCACCAUGAGUCGUCGCCUGUGGUGCUCCACGGAAACGAAACUGCCGUGAACGGCGGGCGAGCGCUGCCCACAAACAACCUCGUGGGGUUUUGGCACAACUUCAAGAACCCUUCGGGGAACACGUACCCGUUGAGCCAGAUCAGCAACGAAUGGGACGUGAUCAACGUUGCUUUCGCUGACCACCUCGGCCAGGGCAAACUCGCGUUCAACUUGGACGUGAACGCGGGCACAGAAGCGCAAUUCAUCGCCGACAUUAAAGCGUUGAAGGCGAAAGGGAAAAUCGUGGCGCUGUCGUUGGGCGGACAAGACGGCACCGUGUCGCUCAACGACGCGACGGAACUGGCCAACUUUGUGACCACCCUCUACGACAUCAUCACCAAGUUCGGCUUUGACGGGGUCGACAUUGACUUGGAGCACGGUGUGUACAUCGGCGCCCCGAUCAUCAACAACUUGAUUUCGGCCAUGAAACAACUCCGCCAAAAGGUGGGCCCGACCUUCUAUCUCAGCAUGGCGCCUGAACACCCGAACGUCCAAGGCGGGUAUGCUUCGUUUGGAGGUAUUUGGGGUGCCUACUUGCCCCUCGUGGACGGACUUCGCGAAGAACUCACGCAACUCCACCCGCAAUACUACAACAACGGCGGCUUCAUGUACGUUGACAACAAGAUUUUGAACGAAGGGACCGUGGACGGCUUGGUGGGGGGAAGUUUGAUGCUCAUCGAAGGCUUCAAGACCAACUACGGCAAUGGGUGGGAGUUCCGCGGACUGCGACCGGACCAAGUGUCGUUUGGUGUCCCAUCGGGCCCCAAGUCUGCCGGUCGCGGACAAGCCACCCCCGAGGUGAUUCGUCGGGCGCUGACCUGUUUGGCCCAAGGCGUCGGCUGUGACACUGUCAAGCCCAAGCAGCCAUACCCGACGUUCCGUGGUGUCAUGACCUGGUCAAUCAACUGGGACAGAUUUGACAACUUCGCCUUCUCCAAGCCCGUUCGUGCCGCCCUCGACAGCCUCGGUGGUGCUGUUCCCCCUCCGCCCCCUGCAACAUCGACUGUCGCCCCCUCGGCUGCCCCUACGACUACUCGCGCUCAGACUGCAGCCCCCACUCCCUCGACCUCGUCGGCCACAUCGGUUGCGCCAACUUCCGCCCCCACCCCUAGUCCCUCGGCUAGUGCCCCCACCACUGCGCCUUCGAGUGCGGCCCCGGUGACAACCGCGUCGUCCAAGGUCUGCGGCAAGUGCACCAAUUGUUACUAUCAACCCACGGACGCGUGUUUCGCUGGAUGGAACGCUCAACAGUGUGCCAGUGUGGCUUCGUUUACGUGGUGUGGAAAUUAGACUCACGUUGCGAUACAUCCUAGUACUACUGAGUAAUGUAUAAUUCAUUGAUGUUGCACGCCA